AUGGCUGGGAUACUCGACAUGGAUCGCUCUCGGAACCGAAGGGACAGGACGUUUGUUGGGAGCCAGUGCGCCGUCUGCGAAGAACCGCUCGAACAUACGCUUCGCGGGGAGCGAGUAUUGCAGUUUUCCUGCGGGCACGUUUCGCACGAGGCAUGCUUCUACGAGUACAUCAAGGAGGUGGAUGCGCAAUACUGUCCGGAAUGUAAUUCUCCGUUGGGCCUGGAUUCCAGUCGUGGAGGAAACGUUUUGGAUCUCGACACCGGUUCUACCGUCCAAUAUGAUCCAUAUGGAAAUCGAGUCAACGCACGAAGUAGACAAGGAAGCCGAACUUCGAGUCUGACCCGUGACAACCGGACAGGCAGUCGCAGCGAGAUGGGGGAUUCUGCCUUACGACACGAGAAUGGACAUUGGCGCAAUAACAGCAACGUGUCUGGCGGAGAUUAUGUGGAGCAACCGCCGUCCAUUGCUCCCCCGGCAAUCCGGCGGCAAGAUUAUGACUUCCACAGCAUGGAGAAUGAGCCAAGUCCGCGCAACUCGGUAUCGAAUCCGAUCCCGCCACCGACAUUGACCGUGAAGAGCGAGUUCCCCACUCUCAACCGUUCAAAGACCCAACAAAGCUUGACCUGCUUGGUUACGUUGGAGGUUACCCAAAACAAAUGGCAGAACUAUGCAGAUGACGUUCCCGCGGUUCCAUCGGCGUACGACUCGCAAUAUGCCCCGCCCAGUCCUACCGGACGAAAUCAGUUUUCGUUCGAUCGACCCGAAACAUCCACACGCGCACGGGAGCGCGAGGCACAGCUGGAGCGUGAAGAACAAGACCACCUCGCGACAAUUACCGAGGAACUUCGUCAGAGGGUCGAGAAUUGGCACGGGUUGGACUUCAAUCGAUUUGGCAAACUUCGGCUCCAUGGCACGAUCAGAGUCGGCAAGGACUGUCAAGCGUGGCAGGAACUUGAAUGUUACCUUUUCUCAGAAAUGCUCAUCUGCGUGAAGGAGAAGAAGGUUGCAGCAUCUCCCCAGUGGGCAAAUGGACCAGCGAAGAAGAAAUCCGUCAAAUGCACGCUCAAGGGCUCGAUCCUGAUCAAGAAGCAUCUCAAGAAAGUCGUGGACUCUGGUGGAACCGAUGAUCACAUCCUGACACUGAAUUUGUCCGUGGUGGAGCUGCCGCAGUUCCAUCUUUCCUUCCUAAACCAAACUCAGCUGGAGCAAUGGCAGCGUGCACUGCUCGAUCUCAAUUCGGACCAUCCGUUGCGAAGCCCCACAUACGAGGAUAAACAGACCAUCCACUCGGACGUGGAGGACGACGAUUACCGAACGAUGAAGACGACAAGGCGAGUGUCCUCCGUGAAUUCCAACUACUCUGGCACACACGGUGGUCGCUCGUCUUCCAGGGGAGGGAGAGUGCCUCGGUCCAUGCAUAUUCCGCUCGAUAUACUCGUCGUCAUCCCGGUUUCAUCCUCGAUGCAAGGCCUUAAAAUCAACUUGCUUCGAGACUGUCUCAAGUUUGUCAUUCACAGUUUGGGCGACAAGGACCGGCUCGGGUUGGUCACUUUUGGAUCCAGCGGUGGUGGUGUUCCCUUGACUGGUCUCACGUCAAAGAGCUGGAGUGGUUGGCCCAAAGUCAUCAGCUCGAUCCGGCCCGUUGGUCAAAAGAGCUUGCGUGCAGAUGUGGUGGAAGGGGCUAAUGUUGCGAUGGAUCUGUUGAUGCAGAGGAAGUCCAGCAACCCUAUUGCUUCGAUCCUGCUGAUAAGUGAUUCCCAAACAUUGGAAAAUGAGGCGGUGGACUUUGUAGCGUCUCGUGCCGAAGCAGCGAAAAUCACAAUCCAUUCUUUCGGUCUGGGAUCAACGCACAAGCCGGAUACUAUGAUUGAGCUGUCGAACAGAACAAAGGGGUUGUUCACUUAUGUGAAGGAUUGGAUGAUGUUGCGCGAGUGUGUUGCCGGUUGCAUAGGAAGUUUGCAAAGUCUGUCGCACCAGAACGCGAAGCUCAAGCUCAAGCUUCCAGAGGGAUCUCCAGCGAGGUUCGUCAAGAUCAGUGGUGCACUGUAUGUCUCGAAGCGGGCUUCAGGCCGGGACGCCGAAGUCUCGUUAGGCGAUCUUCGAUUCGGGGACAAGAAGGAUGUCCUGGUGCAACUUGUGAUCUCUUCCGACAACUCCCAAGCCGAACAGGCUCCGCAGGAUGCGUGGGAAUCGAUUGUUUCAGGUUUGGAAGCGUUGGGUGGCGCCGAGCAGGAUGAUACACGAACUAUGAGCAUCGAAGAAGUUCCUCUCAUCCAGGCCGACUUGACAUACGGGGAUAUUCAACGCGAUGGUACUCUGGCCCAAUCAAGGCCUCAUCUACUUACCAUCACCAUGCUUCCACCCUCGAGCUCCAAGAAGAAUGGUCGUCCGGGAUCUCCCCCCAUCCCGCCGCACCCGAUGAUCGUGCAACGCCGCAUGGAGUUGUUGACGUCGGACAUGCUGAGCAGGGCGUUGGUUCUGGUCUCACGGAAUCAGCACGAACGUGCCCAUACUCUGCUGAAGGAAACCCGAACCAUCCUUCGAGGGUUGGGCAAAGGCGGCCUCCCGCCGCUACCUCCACCGCCAUCACCGGGAGGCGCAGAUAGCAGCGAAAUCCAAGCUGCACAGCUCUCGCAACUGUCAGCUCCUACACCACCCUUGGAGAGUAACUUCACAGCUGCGGCUGCGAUCGACGCUACUACAUCCGCUGCACUGGAUGCUGAAUUGCAGUCUGCGCUUGAGUGGAUCAUACACCCAGCGGUGUUCACUAGGGAUGCGCGCAAGGCAGUCCUUCAGGCAAUUGGUGUUAUUUCUUCGCAGAGGGGAAUCACUUUCAGAACCGCGUGCGAAUCGUUGUACGCAGAGAGGAUAUCGGGGGUCAAGCGGCUGUCACUGCUGGCAGGAGAAUGGAGAGACGUUGAAGAGUCGCUCGCAGAAGAGGACUGA